GUUGAUUAUGACUGGAAGAAACGGUUCUGGGCAUGCAUGCGCAUGUCAGGUACGAGUCGAUUGUUACAUAGGUCCCAGGCUUGUUGAGCCUCAGAGAGAGCGUCGCAUUGGCCAAUGCGGAGACGAUAUCCGGCCUCUCAGAGGCUGGUGGUCUUAUCACAUUCAAGGGUUGCCUAACUCACUCUCCACAACAAACAGGUUUAAACCAAUGCUCACUGGUUGUGCUCAAGUAUCUCUGGAACCGAAAUUACUCGACAUCCACCCGAUAUACCCUGCAUAUCUGGCGUUGUAUUUCGCUUCCAAAUGCCAGCACAUGGUGGCUUCAGGUUGAAGAAACAUGAUGGUUUUACUAAUGGCCAUCUUAACGAUAGCCAUCUGAUUCAAUACUCUGAGAUAUCCAGACCAGUUCUCUCCAUUUGAUAUCCAUUCGAGCUCCAAAAACACCCUCUUCUCCGUCAUCUGCUCGCCGCUAUGGAUAUCAAGAGGGUACCAGUAGCGGCUGUGGCAACAACUUAAAAACGGGGAUAUGAAACUAUUCUCAUUUCUGCAAUAGCAUUAGCCUACGGGACCAGGGCCCCUCGCGCUCCCCUGGAAAAUUGUCCGUCGACGGAGUCUGAUAGCCCUUGUUUAGUAUGGGUCUCUCUGGCUUGAGCCUCAUAAUCUCGUUUAUCGCUGUGUCCUCUCUUUUUAUCCAGUCACUCGCUCUCAAUCCCUACGCCAAAAGUAAUUUGGCAGUCUACUGGGGGCAAGGAGCUGGGCAGAACCGGCUCAGCUACUUCUGCGAAAAGACCAGCUUUGAUAUCAUUGUUGUGGGUUUCAUCAAUGUGUUCCCCGACCAAGGCCCCGCCGGAUGGCCGGGCAGCAAUUUUGGAAACCAAUGCGCCGAUUCGUAUUACUAUACAAAAAAUGGGACGAAGACCAAGCUUUUGGAUGGCUGUUAUCAGAUUAAGGAAGAUCUUCCCAAGUGCAAGGCGCUGGGGAAGACGAUCCUGCUCUCCCUAGGCGGAGGAGCCGUGCACGAUUUCUACGAGGUCAAGAGCGAAGAGUCCGCUCUUAAUUUUGCGGAUUUCCUUUGGGGCGCAUUCGGCCCACUGACACCAGACUGGACUGGACCUCGUCCAUUCGGAGAGGCCUCAGUCGAUGGAUUUGACUUCGAUAUCGAAAAGGGUAGUAACUUUGGCUAUUCAAUUAUGGUCCGACGUUUGCGAGAACUUUUCCUCCAGGACCCGCUCAACAGAUACUAUAUCUCUGCAGCCCCCCAGUGCAUAAUGCCAGAUAAGUAUCUCUCACAUGCGAUAUCUAAUUCGGCGUUCGACUUCAUCUUCAUCCAGUUCUACAACAAUCCUUCGUGCUCUGCCAAACGGUGGGUGACUAACCCCAAGUCCGUGACGUACACCGUGGACGAUUGGGUCAAAUACAUCCGCAAAAGCGGAAACCCAUUAGCGAAACUUUUCAUUGGCCUUCCCGCAUCUAAGUCUGCUGCUGCGAAAGAAGACUAUCUUACUCCUGGUGAAGCCACCAAAAUCGUCAGCACGUACAUGGCGAAAUAUCCAAGUACUUUUGGUGGUAUGAUGGUGUGGGAAGCAACUGCAUCGGAGAACAAUAAGCUUGGCGGACUUCCAUACGCCGAUAUAAUGAAGGAAGUGCUGUUGCGAUGCGAUCCGGAUCCCCCUACCAGUACUGUUACAAGUACCACAUCUGCCUCGACUUCAACCCAGACUUCAUCUCAAAGCACUACUAUGGAAACCAAGACUUUGUCGGCUUCUACGACCCCGAGCAGUCCGAGUACUGUGUCGCCAAGUUCAACAAUGCAGACAACCUCUACUGGUUCAACUUCCAUUGAGACUGUCACAACGAGAAGUCAAGAGCCACCAUCAACAACAAUCUCCACAAGGUCAGCUUCCACUGAGCCUGUAACAACGAGAAGUCAAGAGCCACCAUCAACCACAAUCUCCACAAGGUCAGCUUCCACUGAGACUGUGACGACAAGAAGUCAAGAGCCACCAUCAACCACAAUCUCCACAUGGUCGGCCUCCACUGAAACUAGUACAAGCAGCCAGGAUUCACCAUCCACGACAAUUUCGACGAAGUCUGCGCCCACUGGCACUGUCACAACUAGGAGUCAGGAUUUACCCUCAACGACCAUCUCUACGAGAUCUCCUGAGACUGAAACUGAGACUGCAACAACAAAAAGUCAGGGUUCACCGUCAAUUACUCUCUCUACAAGGUCUUCCUCCGCUGAGACUGUAUCAACAAGAAGUCAGCAUUCAUCGUCUACAACAAUUUCAACGAAGUCUGCACCAACUGAGACUGGUACGACAAGUGAACAUUCAACAUCAAUGCCUGUCUCUACGAGAUCGGCUUCCACCGAGACUGUAAUAACGAGAAGUCAGAAUUCAGAUUCUCAAUCAAUGACAGUCUCUACAAGAUCGCCUUCCACCGAAAGUAUCACAACAAGAAGUCAAGGUUCGCCAUCAGAGACAUUUUCAACCAAGUCUGUUCCAGUAGAUACCAUCUCAACUGAAUUGCCUUCUCAAACGCCAACAACGAUUAUAACGGGAACACCUUCUGAUCCUGUAUCAGCCCCGACCACCACGGUUCCUCCCAAUCCUACCCUGACGCUCGCCCCAUCUUCCUCCACAACAGAAGACCGCACCACAAUCACUACUAUAAUCACCACAUCCUACGUCACUGUCUGUCCCACUGGCUUUACCACGGUCACAAUAACAUACACCACCACCUACUGCCCGGAGACCGCUUCGCUCACGCCAACUCAGCCCCCUAUUCCGGGAGCUCCAGCCCCUCCACCAGAUGGCUGGACAACAAUUGUCACCGUGUGCCCCCAGUGCGCCCCAACGCCAACUACCGUCACACUCACGGUCCCCACAAGAUCUGCCUUCCUUCCCGCACGCACGGAGACUCGCCCUGUUGUCACUGUGGUCCCAGUGCCGGAGAAUCCAAUUAAGAACGUGAAGCCUAGUGAGUCCGGAGAUUUUGUGACUGUUACUACAGCGGCGCCGGCAACGGUUACAAAGACGUUGGAAUACAACAACCCGGUGGAUUCCGAUGUGAAUGUCCAACCCACGGGUGGUAGUUCCCCCGUCGAGUUUGAAGGCAGUGCGAUGACUGUAAGAAGUAUGGAUGUGGUCGCGAAAGCCCUGAUUACCGCUGGAGCGGCUGUGUUGGGAUUGUUCUUGGGGUUAUAAUCUGUUAAUUUGCUGAGGCGAUAUAUACACAUUUUCUUCGGAGGGGUGUGUACAUAAUGUCACGGGUGCUGUACUUGUACAUACUUGACACUUACCUACAUAUACAGUACAUAUAUACUUCAUAUCCCUCGAGAUA